UGACAUUGACGUUUGACAGUUUUACCCAAACAACAAAUUUUUUUUUGAUGUUUUUAUCAAAUGUAUAGUGAAAUAAGUGAUUGUGAGUGAUUCACACCGACAAGAUGAGUACAACGGAACAAAUAGGUCUGAAUAAAACGUGGGAAUUAUCUUUAUAUGAGUUGCACCGGACCCCACAAGACGCUAUAGUUGACAAUACCGAGAUAGCCGUAUCCCCAAGAAGUCUCCACAAUGAAUUGAUGUGCCCCAUCUGUUUAGAUAUGUUAAAGAAGACGAUGACCACGAAGGAAUGUCUACACAGGUUUUGUUCAGAAUGUAUAAUAACGGCUCUAAGAUCAGGGAACAAAGAAUGCCCGACGUGUCGAAAAAAAUUAGUCUCAAAACGUUCGUUAAGACCGGAUCCAAAUUUUGAUUUAUUAAUCUCAAAGAUAUACCCGAGUCGAGACGAAUAUGAAGCCCACCAAGAGAGGGUUUUGGCAAAAUUAAAUAAGAGUCAUUCACAAGCAGCUUUAGUUAAUUCAAUAACAGAAGGGAUUAAAGUGCAACUUCAAAAUAGACCGAAUCGAUCGCGUAAAGGAAACGACGAAUCCACGAGUAAUUCGAACGAAAAUUCGAAUCAAAAUGUGGUUUCAUCGAACGAAAACUCACAACCUCCACCAACAACAAAUAUCCCCCCAGAAAUUCCCAUAAACACCAAUUCAAACCCACCUAGAAUGUCAAGUCCCGCCCCAUCAGGGCGAAGCACCCCAUCUCAACCACCCAGCCCUGGUUCUUCAGUUGCUAAAUCAAUUAAAGGUCCAAAAAGUAAUUUUACAUCAGAAAGAAGUGAAGAAAGCGAAACAAGCGAACGAACCGAUCAGACCGAUACAGAAGGUGAAGGGGCCUCGGAGCCAUCGACACUAAACGAAGUCGAAUUGGUUUUUAAACCACAUCCAACAGAAAUGUCUGGUGAUAACCCGUUGAUAAAAGCUUUGAAAGAAAAUUCAGUUCGUUAUUUAAAAACGACAGCAAACGCAACGGUUGAUCAUUUACACAAGUACUUAGCGAUGCGAUUAACGUUAGAUUUGGAUUCGCAAUUAUCUCAAACUCAUCACUUACUCAAUUUUUGUAUUUUUAUAUCGCCAACGACGGGACAAUUCAUUCAAUUGAGCGGAAAUAUAACGUUGGCGCAAGUGAGCGAUAAAUAUUGGAAGGGAAACAAGCCCUUGGAGAUGUAUUAUUGUUGGAAAAAAACCUAGGGGCCCCGCAAGGGGGUCCAAUAAGUCCCCCGCGAAUUAUUAUUGAUGAUUUCAUGUUUGAUUUGUUUCUCAAAAUAGAUUAAUAAGAAAAAAAUAUAAAUGUGUAUCUUAAAUUAUCACUUAAAUUAGGUGGACUUAGAUAUUUGUACUUUUCAGGUUUUCUUUUCUUCAUUUCUUAGUUUCUCAUCUCUUGAAUUGAAUUAAAAUGGGAAUUAUAAUUAUUUGUAAUAAG